CCUACUAAAUCUAAAAAAGUUACUUGCAAGCAACUUGAAGAAGAAAUUUAUUUUCAAAUUCCUUUUAAUAAGUCGAUAGUACUCUGUUCAUCUGCUUUAGAAACUGUUAAAAAUGAUGUUGAUAAUCUCAUUUUGGCUUUUGAAGAAUUGAUCAUUCAUAGUU